UGAUUGUUAUAGAUCAACAGAGAAGAGAAAAAGAUGAUACAGGAGCUGUUGGGUGGGAGUAAUGUCGGCUUAAUAGGAGGGGAAAGACCUAAACUUUCCACCACUAGUGGAGUUUUUGAUGGCUCAUCUUCACCCUCACCGUCUCCUUUACCAUCUUCUUCCACCACUGAGAACCUGAGAUGCCCACGAUGCGCCUCACCGUCUCCUUUACCAUCUUCUUCCAUCACAGCCACCACCACUGAGAACCUGAGAUGCCCACGAUGCGAUUCUUCAAACACAAAGUUCUGUUACUACAACAACUACAACCUCACUCAGCCGCGCCAUUUCUGCAAGUCUUGCCGGCGCUACUGGACUAAAGGAGGCACCCUUCGCAAUGUCCCCAUCGGAGGGGGAUGUCGGAAAAACAAGAAUACUACCAUAAUAAACUCUGUUGGAAAAUCAAGUGCCGGAAAGUUGAAAACAGUUCCAUCAGAAACAGGGAAAACAGGUUUUCUUAGUGGUUUUGAACAACAUGCUGAUAUUUCCACAAACCCUAGUAUAUGGUCAUCCCCUCAAAAUUCUCAUUUGUUGUCUUUACUGAGAUCAGACCAAAUUUCUAACCCUAACCCUAUAACCGUGAAGGAGGAAGGUGGUUUUUAUGGGUCCCACAUGAGCUUUGAGUCAUCUUUAUCGAAUGGUGGUUUAAAUUCUUGGUCCUUAGAUCCAGUUAGUCAGAUGGUUACCUCCACUGGGCUUCGCAGUUCUUUUUGGAGCAACAAUCAGCAACAGAUUCAAGCGACCAAUGGAAUUAUACUGGGAGAAGUUCAAAAUAAUGGGCUUCAAGAACUUUAUCAGAGGCUUAGAUCAUCAACAUACUGUUAUCCAGAACAUGCCCCAGUAAUUCUUGGAAAUGUAUCUUCUGCACCAUCAAUGGCUUCUUCCACCAUUUUGGAGUCAGCUCCAGUAGCUGGAGGUGAAUUGGGUUUCUGGAAUACCGGUCUUCCUCCGCCAACUGAUCUAGCCACAACUAAUGGUGCAUACCCUUAAUUAGGACCCCUUAGUUACCUAAAAUAUUUCUUUUCUCUUUUAUUUUACUAAUCAAGAAACUAGGGUUUGGUAUUUCUUGAUUUAUGUCAUUUGGGGUGUGGUAUAUGAAUAUUAAUGUAGCUAGCAUCAUGUUUACAGUUUUUAAUUAUGGUGUGUUUUUCUCCCUAAUAUUUCGUUUAUGUAUGUCUGUUUUAUUAAAGAAUCCUGCCGAUCCUUAAUCUUA